UUGAAUUGCACAUCUGUAUUGGCGAUAUCAAAGACGAGAACGUUCUAGACAGACAAAAUGAAGCCAAUGCCGGUGGAAUUGUUCGGAGAGAUGGAAGAGCAAGCAUCGACUGUCGCCAUGGACGUCGAUGACGUUGAAGCACUCGAUAUUUUCGGAGAAGGUCCUCUCGCUGCCAUGGAUCAUCACCGUUUGACUGAUUCCGAUUUCUUCAAUUCCUUCGAAGACGAUUUCGAUGACGCCGACAUCAAUUGAUGCUCUUAUGGUGAUUUUUUUUUUUGUGUAUUUCUGAUUUCUCUGCCCUAAGCUUUAUUUUGUGCAUGUAUCUUGUAGUACGCGUUAGCUCCUUAAUCGGAUUGAUAUUCAAGUAAUGUUCGCGGUAAUCAAAACGUGUGUUUCCGUGUGUUUGAAUUCUUGUGCGUUUUAUCGCUUCUUGCUGGUGUUCGAAUACGUUAGGGAUCUGGAUUUUGUGCGUAUUUGUGGAUUUAGUAUAUACAGACUAAUUCUGUUUCA